AUGAUGGCCGCAUCAGCACCACCCUCCUUGAGAAAUACCCUUCUCUCUCUUCUCCUCCUAUUGGUCCUGGCCUUCUCGUCUCCUGCCUCGGGUCGACCCGCCACUUUCCUUCAAGACUUCAGAAUUACGUGGGCCGAUUCUCACAUCAAGCAGAUCGACCGGGGCAGGGCCAUCCAACUCAUUCUAGACCAAUCUUCAGGUUGUGGGUUUGCUUCCAGGAGACGGUACCUGUUUGGGAAGGUGAGCAUGAAGAUCAAACUCAUUCCGGGUGACUCCGCCGGAACUGUCACCGCGUUUUACAUGAACUCGGACACCGACACGAUUCGGGACGAGUUGGACUUUGAGUUCUUGGGAAACCGGACCGGGCAGCCCUACACAGUUCAGACCAACAUCUACGCGCAUGGGAAGGGAGAUAGGGAGCAGAGGAUCAACCUCUGGUUCGACCCGGCGGCCGACUUCCAUACCUACUCCAUUCUUUGGAACCAUCACCACAUUGUCUUCUACGUGGACCAAGUACCCAUAAGGGUUUACAAAAACAACGAGCCGAAAGGAAUCCCCUACCCGAAGUUCCAGCCUAUGGGAGUUUACUCUACUCUGUGGGAAGCCGACGACUGGGCCACUCGGGGCGGGUUGGAAAAAAUCGACUGGAGCAAAGCCCCAUUCAACGCCUACUACAAGGACUUCGACCUCGAAGGUUGCGAGGUCCCGGGGCCCCGAAACUGCGCUCCCAACCCCUCCAAUUGGUGGGAGGGUGAAGCCUACCAGCAACUUAGUCCAGCGGAGGCCCAACGGUAUAAGUGGGUGCGCAUGAACCACAUGAUCUACGAUUACUGCUCGGACCGGUCCAGAUACCCCGUUGUCCCGCCCGAAUGUGUAGCGGGGUACUGA